AGGUCGAGGUGACCCCAUGCUUCAUUUGACCCCGCGUGACACCCACUUUAUGACCUGUGACACUUAUUGAAAGGAAACAAAGCAGGAACAUAAAUCCAUAUUAGCUAGCUGGCAGGCUAUAAUUGGAGCUGGGGUUAUUUAUUAUUAUUGAAGGAAUGACAUGCAUUGGAACAAAUAGCUCUCGUGCCUCGCGCACGAGCAAGACCUUGAAUGGAAACAGUAGAUGUGAGCAGUUUCUUCUUUUUUGCCUCUUACCUUUGUGUGUUUAGCGCCGAUCUUACGCCAUCUAGUGGACUGGAGUGGUAACGACAAUUGAUGGCGAAUUAUGGAGAACUCGAAACGAGCAAACCUCUGCAAAGCGUCAUACUUCCCCCACCCCUUCAGGGGACUACUAAAUGUUUUUAUUAGCCACUUUAGCCUCAGCAGCAGGGAGCCUGAAGCCCCGCCCACCCAAUCAAGCAAUCAAUCAUCUUUAUCUGCGCGGCUAUCAAGAGGGAAGCACCAAAUAUCUGCAGCUGUCAACCAAUGAGGAUGCUGCUCACUCAGGAAGCCCACCCGGAGCAUGUUGUGUGUGUGUGUGUGUGUGUGUGUAGGCAGCCUGCCACAGGAGGAGGUGUGUCUGCCUGUGCCAAAAGUGUGGGUGCGAGCAAGAGUGUCCUCACACUGAAGAGGAGGAGGCAUGCAACUGGAAGUCAGAGCAAAGGAGAUCCUCUGAGGGUACACGGAUGCGAGAGAGAAGGGGGGGGCGAGGACGAGGAGAAGGAGCGCAGGGAGGAAAGCAUCGCACUCCGACGGACGGCGCUGCGUCUCCCUGGCAACCAGAAUGGGCUGCAAUUUGUGCACCUUGCAGAAACGGGAAGAGCACUACAAGCUGCUGUAUGAGAUUGCCCAGGUAAACGGUCGUAACUUCUCCAAGGUGGAGCAGGAUGAGCCCAUUGUGGUCCAGGUUAUACGGCCCAGCGGAGCCGUGGCGUCAAUGGCGGAGGAGGACGAGGCGUGCGUGACAGAUGUGUGCACGCAAACGGACAUCACCUUCGAGCACAUCAUGGCGCUGGCCAAGCUCCGGCCUGCGACGCCGCCCGUCCCUGACAUCUGUCCCUUCCUUUUGUCUGACAGCUGUCAUUCCAUCCACACAAUGGAGCACGAGUUUUAUGAAUGUCCCGAGUACCUGUCCACCACGCCAGCUGAAGUGGAGAGGACUGAAGAGUAUGUUUAUGAGGAAGUGGAGUUGUGCAGGCAGAACAGUCAGGAGAAGCUUGGCCUGACGUUGUGCUACAGGACUGACGAGGAGGAGGACACGGCCAUUUAUGUAAGCCAGGUGGAGCCAAACAGUUUAGCAGCGAGAGACGGCCGCAUUAAAAACGGAGAUCGUAUUCUCCAGAUAAAUGGCUGUGCGGUGCAAGAUAGAGAGAAAGCCGUUUCCUUGUUGUCGGGAGAAGAUGCAAACAACAUCGUCCUGCUGGUGACAAGGCCGGAGACGCAGCUUGAAGAUGAUGUGUGGCUUGAUGAUGAGCAACAGGAACUUGUGGAGGAACUGAAGCUUCUGGAGGAGAGGGAGGGGGUUCUGAACUUGAGGCAAGAUGAGGUAAAAGAAGAAAGGACAACCGACACGUCCAACAGUCAAGACAAAGACAGCGGGUUUGGGUGCAGCACCGACAGUCCGGACCACCAACCGUUACUGGCCAGAUUCUACAGGAGGAGUCCAGCCCAGUGCUUGAGCGAACAAUGGCGAGCCCAGCACCCACACACAAAACGAGGUUCUGUCAGAUCGCAGGAGCCCAAAAGCCAAGGUCGAGAAGGGCUAGUGAAUAUUCACGGUGGUGGAAGCGGGAUCUUGGGUUUGGAGAACCACUUCCAGCAACUCCUGGAGCUCAAGUGCCAAAUCCGGAAUGGCGUCGAGUGUGGCGUGUACUCCAUACGCCACAGCAUCGAGUGUAGCCUCACAGAGAGGGACAGAGAUGAGGAUCUCGAAGAAGGGGAAGGGAUGGAGCAGGAGUUGAGGAUGUUAAACGAGGAGCUGCGCAGCAUUGAGUUGGAGUGUCAGAACAUCAUGCAAGCCCAUCAGCUCCGCCAGUCACAACAGAUGAGCUCCUCAUCCUCAGCAGGUCGAAGGCUCAAGGAUGAGCACAAGAGCCACAGCAGACUUGCUGACAUACAUGAACAUCCAGAAGGUGAUAAGAUCCGAGAAAAGGACAGCUCCAGUGCCUACAACACGGCGGAGAGCUCACGAUCCACUCCGCUAGGUAAGGAGCGAUCUCCUGAGCACUCCCUGCAGAGAUGCAUCAGCAUCACGAACCAGAAGAACCUCCAGAUGGCCUCAUCCAUGACCUCAAGCCCCGUCCCCGUCCCCAAGCCUCAGGGAUCAGCCAGCCAAGGUGGGCAACCGGAUCCUUGCGCCCUUUUCUCCAGCAGCCCAGACCAGAGUAACCCUUCUCGAUCAGAAUCCGACCCGGCACUGCCUGCGGACGACGAGAGGUGCGACAAAAGGGGUAGAACCAAAGAUCCAAAGAGAAAAGCACCGUUUGCCUCAUACCAAACCACCCCUUACCAAGGCUCACUUGGAACCCACCAACUUCAGAGCUACAUGCAACUGCUACAACAGCACUCUUCCUUGGAAUAUUCCCAGAGCCAGCUGAGUCUUCUCAGUGUCUGCGGAGAUCCACUAAACCGGAUUGGGCGACCCGGGGAACCCCGCCUUGAGUGGAAAGUCAAAGUCCGGAAUGACGGGUCUCGAUAUGUAGCCCGGAGACCCGCCCGUGACCGCAUCCUGAGAGAGCGAGCGCUACGAAUCCGAGAGGAACGCAGUGGCGGGAUGACCACGGAUGACGAUGCAAUGAGCGAGAUGAAGAUGGGCCGCUACUGGAGCAAAGAGGAGAGGAAGCAGCAUCUGGCUCGAGCGAGGGAGCAGAGAAAGAGGAGGGAGUUCAUGCAGAAGAGUCGCUUCGAGUGCCUCAAGGAGGGUCCGGCUUAUGGAGCCGACGGCCGCAAGGAGAUAAACAUCUUGGAGUUGAGUCAGAAGAAGAUGAUGAAGAAGCGGAACAAAAAGAUUCUGGACAAUUGGAUGACCAUUCAGGAGCUGAUGAGUCACGGCGCACGAGUGCCGGAGGGCUCCAAAGUCCAUAACGCCUUCUUAUCUGUUACAACCGUUUAGGAGUUGUUGACAGCGCACUUUUUCACAUCAUAUUUGCUGAAAACAUGUAGCAUUUCUUCACUUGAAGACUCUCUUUGCAAUGGCAACAUUUGACCGUGUUUUACAUCCGUUUUUUCACUGGAGAGAAGUUUGUCCAAAUCCCAUGAUCGUACACUCUAUGCUAUGUAUUGUGACUCCAUCGAAAGCCUCAUUCAAGGCAGUUUUUGAUACCAGGAGAAAGUACACUAUUUUUCACACUUUGUAAUCUCGCUACUAAACUUUUUGUACGGACCUUUUUUUUUUUUUUACACUGAAUGUUGUGUAAAUAUAAAACAAAACUGUGGCGGUCAAACAUGACACGAUUUGAUUGUACCAUCGCUACACACCAGGCCAACAUGGAGACCAGGAUAUUUAUUAUUGACAUGUUAAUCCAAUUGGCAUUGACUGUAAAAAAAACAAUAAUAUUUCUGUAAUGAAUGUCGUUUAUUUCAAUGUUCAAUACUCAUAUUUAUAUUUGUUACUAUUAUUUCUAUUUAUUGUGAAUUAUCAUUCUGAUGAUGUAGCCACCCAUGGAACAAUUUAACAUCAUUAAAUGUCUCACAUUUGCAGCCUUAUAACUCAAAAUCACC